AUUGCCAGCAGUCGUGGACGUCUCUGUCUUCCUUUCAGUUAAGCUCAUCACCUGCAGUAAAAAGAAACCCCGGCAUUCCGGAUGUGCACUCCAUGACCCCCAUACGGAGAAACUGCAGCUUUGCAGACGACCUGGAGCUGGAGUCUGAGCGAGAGACGGAGCUGUCUCCUGCCAGCACAAUCUCACAUUUGACGGAGUCUCACCGAAAAGCCAUCCGUGUGGUCCAGAGAAUGCGUUAUUUUGUGGCCAAGAGAAAAUUCCAGCAAGCCCGUAAGCCAUAUGAUGUGCGAGAUGUGAUUGAACAAUACUCUCAAGGUCACGUCAACCUCAUGGUGAGGAUCAAGGAGCUUCAGAGAAGACUGGACCAGUCUUUAGGGAAGAUGACUCUGUUUCAGACAGGAUCAGACAGAGCCAGAGACAAAGGCAACAAUUCUAUUGGAUCCAGACUCAACAGGAUGGAGGACAAGAUCUCUCACAUGGACCAGACUUUGACCCUUAUUAUGGAAUCCCUCACCUUCCUGCUAGACCAGAGGGAAUCUGGGGGCAGUGAAAGCAGAGGCAGGUCGAGGCCUCGACUCAAACGGACUGGUAACGUCCUACCCAGCCAGGAAAGCCUUCCAACCUAUGAGCAGCUGUCUUCCUCCCCUUCGCCCCUGUCAAACACAACCAGCCCUCCAAUCAACCCUCCCUGCUGCUUGACUGCCAGUCAGGAUGAGAGCUGCUGAGACUUGAAUACAAACACUUGUUUGAUGUCAUGGAAUAUGGCUAUUUAUCCACCAUCUUUAAUAUCAAGCUGCCAAAGAUUUGCUGAAUGUUGAGUAUGUUCAUCAGAGCAUUUGGGUCAGGAAAGUUAUUUCCAGCAAAACAUGCUGCAGAAUUUGUUUUCAUUAUGGAUCUUUUCUUAGAUAUUGAGUUUUAUGCUCAAAAAUGUCUCAAGGAAAUGCCCAACACACUGCACUGUGCUGAUGUCUGUCUAUGCAAAAAGUUCUGACAACUCCGGUGCAAAACUCUGUUGCUGUGAAUACUUGCGGUAGUGACAUUCACAUAUUUCCCAUGGGUACAAUGUCAAACAUGUCACGUUUUUUUUCUUUUUUUGCUUCUUAAACUAGAUUAGUUUUUUUCUUUUAUGGUUUCAAAAUGACAUGAAAGCAAAAACAUCCAAGGCAAAAAGGAUUGCUUAAUCAAUAAUCACUAACACACCCUUUUGACAAGAAUCCCAACUUGAGAAAAUUAGUUUCACAAAAAUUCGCUUGAUUUCUAUGUGGGGUUUUCAGCAAACUUGUUCUUUAAUGGCCUUAUGCUUUUUGUAAAACCAAUUUCCAAUCAUUUUUGCACCUUCCCUGAAGGACUUUCCAGAGGUUUUCUAAGGUGUUUCAUUGAGCUUU